AUGUUCCGGGGCUCACAUCAGCCGCACUCAUCCGCUGCAGGGGCGUCUGCAGCACCAGCGAACCCAUUGAGAUGCAUCGACGCCUGCGGCGACUUCUCAAAGUUUGCGCAAAGUACGGACGCGUGCAAGACGAAUAUCCAGAGCCCCGCCUGUAUGAACGCUGUGUGCACUGUGAACACGUUUGACGCAUGCUGGGGUUGCCUAGGCAUACCGGCCGAGUUGAUUGCGUCCGCAAAGAUGUUUUGCGCGAACGGCGGCGGCGACCUGCUUGACCAGCUCGAGACGGGAGGGGAGGGGAAUGGGACGGCACCGAGCGCGAGCGGAAGCAAUGCCGCUGGCGUCUCCGCCCUUUCCAGCGCGCUGGCCGAUGCUUCCGGUCUCGGCGCCGGAGCCAGUACAACGCCCACCCCAACCGGGUCUGGUACGGUUGCGCCGUCGUCUGGCGGCUUAGACAUCGGCGGGUCAAACAUGCGAGGCGGCAACUGCGACGCUGAGUGCGAUGAGGUUAUCAGAGUACUGGGCGGUCCCGUUUGUAAGGAUCGGACCGGAGAGAAUUUGGAAUGCCUCGACAAGUUGUGUGCUUUCGAGGAGUGUUAUCGCUGCGUUGGGGCCAACGAUGACAAGAUUGGCAACCUCAGGCAGAAGUGCGCGGGGCGUGGCAGCGCUGCGAGAUUGACUGCAGGAGAAAACUCAACAGCGACCGCAACAAGUGCCGCUGGCAGCGGUGGCGUCGCUGGAGGUGCCGGAUCUUCGGGCCUCGAGUGCCGAAAGGAGUGUAACGAUGUGUUCAAUCGGAUCAGACACAGCAGCGCUUGCAUGCGUGAGGUCAAGUCGAACGAGUGUCUGAUAAGUGUCUGCCCUUCGCAGGAUUCGAUUGAUAUCAUGAAGAGCGCAUGCGCUGAGCUUCUCAGCUCAGGUGGCGUAGCCUCUACUGAUGGUCUCAAUGGGUCCUCGGCCGGAUCAGGGUUGGCGGGUUUCGUCCCAUCUGGGGUUGCCGGCGCAGGUACUUCAGGCUCGCCUGUAGCUCAACCGGAAAACGUUGCUGCCCCAAGCGCAACGUCAAACGAGCAGAAUGCCCCUUCUCCAGCAGCAGCAUCCGGGUCGAACGCCGGCCGCAGACUUCCUUCGGCAGUUGUGGUGCUCUGCGCUAGUGUGCUUGCAGUGGGGCUCUUUUGA